GGGAAGAGAGGCGGAGACUUUAAAUUCAGUCGGCUCUCCGCUGCCAUUCUCAAGCUGGAGAUAAACUGAGGGGAGAAAGAGAGGAAAAAAAAACCCAACGGAAUAAAAUCAACGGCUGGGUCUAAAAAUAUAUGAGGGGAUGUUGGCGGCGGUGGCCAUUUCCAGUUGAUUAAUUAAUUAUUUUGUGUGUUUUUUUUUCCCCUGGGAUUGUGUGUGUGGGGGGGGUGGGUGUGCGUUAUUCGCAUUAACUUGAUGACGAUGAAGAUGAAGGUGCUGAUGAAGCUGCCCGACCCCGAUCCCGAGGACGAGGAGGAGGAGGACGAAGAGGAGGAGGACGCAGGGAAAGCGGCUCCUGCCAUGCCGCCGCCGCUCUCCGAGCUCUGGAAGGAGGGAGUGUACGAGUGGUUCGGCUCGGCCCUGACCUCGGCCCAGCGCCUGGAGUUCUGCUGCGGCCUGCUCGACCUGUGCCACCCGCUGGAGCUGCGCUUCCUGGGCUCCUGCCUGGAGGACCUGGCCCGCAAGGACUACCACUCGCUGCGCGACUCGGAGAUCCGCGCCAACAGCGCCGCCGACCUGGCCGGCAUCGGCGACCCGCGGGACGAGGUGACCCGCAGCAAGCUGGUGGUGUCGCUGGCGCUGCUGGGCUCCGAGAACCGCGAGGCGGCCGCCGUGCUGGCCCGCGCCCUAGCCCGCGGCCCGCUGCCCCUCUCCGAGCGCGGCGUCCAGGAGUUCCUGCUGCUGCUCACCAUGGCUUCCAACCACCCGGCCUUCUCCUUCCACCAGAAGGAGACGCUCCGGGGGCAGUUGGCCGAACUGCAGCGGAGGCCCGGCGGCGGCGGGGGUCGAACCUCCCAGAGCUCCGUCGGCAAGGACCGACUUGCCAGGAAAAAUUAUUCCUUGGUGGCAGAGAGUAACUACUACGAAAGAACUCCCCCUUCGUCUUGUGAAGGGGCUGCAGCAAUCGCUCAACGACCAGGUGCACAGAUUGAAAACAUUGUAUUCAAAACUCUAACAAAAAAGAGAGCUGACAUCUACUGGGAGUUUGAUGUCAUGCGGUCCGAUUUCUCAAUGUGUACUGUGAGGAAAACUGAUCAAGAGGUUCACGAGUUUUUAACUAAACUGCCUAAGGAGCUUUCUGUUGAUGCCUCUGGCAAGUCAAUAUUACGGUCAUCAAAUCACAGCUCACAGGCAAGAGAAGAUAGACGGCAUUGCGAUUUGGAAUUGACCAUAAGGCAGAUGUUUUCAUCUCCAUCUCGAGCUUUCUUAAAAAGUGAAUAUGUUCGUGAAUUCUUCUUUGGGAAGUUAUCUGACUGCAUUCAACAUCAUACAAAUUUACAGCCAGCGUUAAAGUUGUCUAAAUCUUUAGAACGCUUCAAAGAAGACAGUUCUGAGGCUUCCAGCCAGGAAGAAGAUGGACAGCAGCAAUUGAUCCAUCACAAGAAAAAUAUGGGGAAAUCUAUAGGCUGCAGUGGCUCUGGUAUAAAAUCUCAAGGGGUUGGCGUGAGCUUACAGCAGUCUGAACAGAAUGGUAUACUGGACUGGAAGAAAAGAAACUAUAGUACAAAACGCAGUACCGACCACUGUACAGCCGUGAUGGAACAUUAUGUAUCAGAAGAUAAAAGAAGUACUUCAUCUGGGAGUAAGAAGCUGAACACUCAGGCAGACAUCGGCAGCAAAAACAAGGAUGAUCGAGGGAGUCACAGAGCUCCUGUUGGCAAUGGUAUUCUUAGAAUUCCACCUGUGCAGCAUGUGUGGGCUGUACCAGGGAAAGAAUUAAGGGAUGUUGGCUCUGGUCUGGAGGCAUGUGGAGACAGCUCUUCAGAAAGCUACAGUUCUCCCUCCAGCCCAAGACAUGAUGGGAAAGAGAGUUGUGAAAGUGAAGAUGAGAAAGACAAAGAUUCUGAUAGCACUUCAGAGGAUUCCGGGAAAGAUAAACACAAGGAGAAGCCCCCCUGUAACCUGGUUCGUGGAAGUACUACGAGGCCAACCGCACAGGUUGCUCCAGUGCAGAGCGAGAAUUGUACUUUUCCGGGGAAUCCGCCUGCCCCUUUUCUUCCUCGCAUUCCUUUAAUGCCUUCUAUGCCCUAUGUGAUGCAAAAUGGUGGAAAGAAGCCGGACUGCAUUGCUCCUGUAGACAAAACUGUUGGGAUGAUUGUAACUGUCCCUCCUCCUGCCGCCUCUCUUCGGGAAUCUUCACAUGUAGCACCUGUUGGUGCUGCUGAAGCUGGGAAGAGAGUGGACAUGAUGCCCUCCCCCCUUUCAGUAGCAACUCCUUUUGUCCUGCAGACUGCUAGCCCGGCUGUGCAUCCCAUGACGCAUAGACAUAAAAUGACAGCGUCACAAAUGAGCUUGGAGAACUGCCACAUUCCUGGACCCCAGACACCAGCAGGCACCGUGAAUAUUGGAUCAGCCAACACAGCUUUCAUCCCAGUUCACAGCCACUCUCCAUCUGGAAAACUAUCAACACCCUCAGUUUUGGAUCCCACUACUAAAACUUCACAGAACGUCAUGGGACUGAAUGCCUUGUUGCCUCAAGCUGAUGGAAAUAUAGGAACAGUACCUGAGUCUGCCAGUUUAAAGGUGAUGCUUCCUGCAGCUGGCCUGCUACCACCACCUGGCUCAUACAACCUAAGUGGAACUCCAACCAGUGUUUUGCCUUUGCAGGCUGCAGUAACCUCUCCAUCUCCUGUCGGUCAAAUUCAGUCUACUGGAUCCUCAGUCCCUACCCAUACCCCGGGCCCUGUGCCAAGCCUCAAUACAGCGUUAACUCAUAGCACAGCUCAGAGUGACAGCACCUCUUACAUUAACACAAUAGGAAAUACUAGUACUCAUGGGACCAUGCAACCGACCCAGCAGCUUGGCUGUGGGGCUUGUAGUUCCUGUGGAUGCCGAGGUAGCUGUGGGACCAAUAGUAACCCUCUACUAAACUACUACUACCCCAGCACAAUACCUAGCCAUCUUAUCAGAGUUCCUUUUAUCCCUUUCAGUGGGGUAACCUCUCUUUGUAAUGGUAGCUACCUCAACCAAGCACAUCAAAACAAUGGAACCCAGAUGCCCUUUUAUCAGAACCCUUACACUAGUGGAUUAAUGCACGAUCCUAUGGCAAAUCAGACUAACUACGGGAUGCAACAAAUGCCAGGAUUUGUCCGAGGAUUUCCAGUGAUGUAUCAAGUGGCCAACGUGGUCACCAAUGUAAAUGGUAUGGGACCUAAAAAGAAUGGGAAUGCAUCCUGUUAUAAUUGUGGUGUAGGUGGACACUAUGCACAGGACUGUAAACAGCCAUCUAUGGAGGCCAGUCAGCCAGGUGCCUUCAAAUUGAAGUUCGCUCCAUCUCAUGAUUUGGAUUCAGCUGAUUAAGCUAGAAAGGUUAUAUCAACUUAGCAAGGAGCCUGAAUAUCUCGGUGUGACCCUAACAACACACUUGAUGCUCUUAGUCCAGCAAAAAUGGUUUCCCCAUUAGAUUGGGAUUAGCACAUGGUCACUGAAGUCUGGGUUGUCUUGAACUUAUUGUGGCAUUUUUUUCCAUUUAUGGACGUAUCUUGACCUAUUUUGGCUGCGGUGUUCAUGAAACAAACAGAGCAGUUGACCUAGAAAUGCUUACAAUAUUGACCUCUCGUUUUGCACUGAUGAAUGUAUUAUACCAAGUGGCAUGUGCAAUGUUCGCUAUUUGUUGAUAACUUAUGGCAGUGUUUGAGAACUGACUUGUCCGACAAAGACACUGGGCUGGAAUGAGCAGACUGCUGCCGGUUAAAAUGCCAGGUCACAUCUUGCAUCAUGGUACAUCUUCUGUCUGCGUCAAAUUGUCUUCAACUUUCAAGUCUCUCCCUUGUUCUGUUUUGUGGUUUUUUUUUGUUGUUUCAGUUGAUGUAGAAAUCACUCCGCUUUCAAAAUGUAAAUGCAUGAAUUUAAAGUACUUCUGUUUGGCAUAGUGGAUAAGAGUAAAUAUGCAGAUUGACAUAGGUAAUGCCUUUUAUAUUGUUUUUUGAAGAAAAACUUUGAGUGCCUGUAUUAAUCUAGAUUAAAAAUAACAGGAAACACAAUUUUCAGAAUAUUGCCUGGUUAGUUACUUUUUAGGCUUAAAAAAAAUUUAAAGCAUUUUAUUUUGAAUAGCUGAUUAUCUUUAAUUUUUGAUAUUUAUAACGACUCUUUAGAUUUGACAAAAGUGUGAAUGUUUUUAAAUUUUGUCUUUAGAUCAAACCAUUGAAUAGUCAGAAACAUUGUGAAUCCCAUCUUUAUACUGUACCAUAAAUGUGCAUCGGGUGUUACUUGAUUUUCUUUUUAAAAAAGGCUCUAAGCUGAGAUUGCUAAUGAGGAGACCGUGUUUGCUUGGAUUUUAGAAUGUAAGACAAAUUUUAUUUUACUCAGCUCUACACAAAGGUUACAUGUCUCCACGAUGAAAAGCAAAAACCACUGUUGGAUAUUUAUUGUAGGGUGGUGUGAUCUCUGUAGAUUUCACCAUUUCACUCGCAUUUACCACUACUAUAAUGUGAAGAUGGAUGCUUGGUAUUUGUAGAUGGUAUUAAUCAUGUCAGCUUGUCACUAAUUUAUGCUGCUGCUUUUUUUUUAAAAAGGAGAGAGGUAAAAGCCAAUAUGCACUAUUCUGCUUCCAGGUUUUAUUUCUUAAGUGCACUGAGGUUAUUUGCAAGAUGAUGGCAUUUUUGAGGGUUGCUGCAUCCUACAGCAAUAGAUUGAAUUAGUGCUGUCCAAACUUGACCCUUGGCAUUCCUUAACAUUAAUGGGAAUAUAAGGAGCUGUGAUAUUGGCAUGCAGCAGUCUGCUUUUUGUAGAUGUAUAGAGUCCCACUCUUUUUUGAGUGGAUUGAUGUAUGUUGACUUGAAAAUGAGUGAGUGUCAUAGGAGUUGAAUGUGUUUUUGUCUGUAGGCUCUUAAAAGGCCUUUGUCUCGUCUUAAGGCUCGUGUCAACAAAAAGCUGUCAUCAAAAAGAGUAUUUUUUUAGGGGAAAGAAAAAUUGCAGUUGACUUGAUCUGUCUAUACUUAUUUUAGUUGAGCUGCUUUGACCCAAACUACUUAUUUGCAUGUAAGAAAUAACUUGUUGACAUUUGGGCCUUUUAAUGCCACCCAUGUGAAUCAGUUAAUAAUUGUUGUUUCCACAUCUCUGGAGAAUGAAGUGUGGCAUUUAUUUUCCUUAAAAUGUAUUUUACUAACUUUGGAUGACCAAUUGAAAACAAAACAGUUAUCUUGCUGCAACUGUGCUGUUGAAUUCUAUAGAUUUAAAAAUGGUAAGCCACGUGAACUUGGAAGACGAUGUGUUGUAAAUAACUCUGCUACAUUGAAACUAAUUUUAUGGUUUAAAAACUGUACUGUAUAUAGGAGGUAUGCUGCUACCUUCAGUUCGUUCAUAUGUUUACUGUAUUCUUUGAUAUUCAAGACGUUAUGUACUGGAAAGUCACUUAUAUUUCUAGAACAAAUUUUUGGAUUUUAUGCAACAUUUUCCCUGAAUUAACAGCAAUAAAAAAAUUAUACAAAUAUUUU